AGUAUACCCAGUGCGCAUGUGCGAAUAUUCCACACGUGUGGUGAACGUCUGACUGGCUGCAUGCAACGGAGAUCUUAGAAAGUUCAUAUCGCUUCUAAAUAUUACUAUAAGAAAACGCUUCGCAAGUUUUGCUUUCUUUUCUAACCGAGGUAAAAGAAAAAUAACCUCCGUGAAGCAUUUCGCCGAGAGGGCAGAAAUACCAGAAAAACUAAUUCACAAUGACUGAAGCAGCUGUUAACCCAAAGGCCUACCCGCUGGCCGACGCCACGCUGUCCAAGACCAUCCUGGAUCUGGUGCAGCAAGCCUCAAACUACAAACAACUCAGGAAGGGCGCUAAUGAAGCCACUAAAACCCUGAACAGAGGCAUCUCCGAGUUCAUUGUGAUGGCUGCUGAUGCUGAACCACUGGAGAUCAUCCUCCACCUGCCCCUGCUUUGUGAGGACAAGAACGUCCCAUACGUGUUUGUCCGAUCCAAGCAGGCUCUGGGUCGGGCCUGCGGGGUUUCUCGUCCCGUCAUUGCUACCUCCGUCACCAUAAAGGAGGGGUCCCAGCUCAGACCACAGAUCCAGUCUGUUCAAUUGUCGAUUGAGAGACUGCUUGUCUAAUUUUUUUGCACUGUUGUAACAAAGUGUCCUCUUGGAAAAGAUGUGGAAGACACAUUUCCACUUUGAAAAUGAACGUGUCAUCUGUUUGAUGAAAAACAGUUAUGAAUGACAGGAAAAUUUAAAGGUUUUUCUUUUCUACUUUUUAGGACCGUGUCCACUUCAUUGUAUCAGUUUGCGAACGCAUUACCUGAUGAAUAAAAAAUACUUUUUUAUUUAAACCUGA